UCAUGCUGCUGCCAGGUCCACAGUGUCUCAUGGGUCCCUGAACCGCCUCCCAUUGCUGCUGUCUCCAUCGCCACACUCUGCCAUGUGCCACUUUCAGGUCUCCUCACACUGCUGGUGUGUUCCAUUUUUUGUCAUAGGGUGCUGGCAGAUUACGGGCCUCCCAUUGCUGCUGCCAGGCCCGUAAUCUGUCAUGGGCCCCUGUACCGCCUCCUCAUGCUGCUGCCAGGUCCAGAGUGUGUCAUGGGUCCCUGUACGGCCUCCCAUUGCUGCUGUCUCCAUCGCCACACUCUGCCAUGUGCCAAUUUCAGGUCUCCUCACACUGCUGGUGGUUUCCAUUUUUGUCAUAGGGUGCUGUAUGGCCUCCCAUUGCUGCUGCCUCCACCGCCACACUGUGGCUCCACACUCUGGUUUUGGCCCCGUGACUGCCCAAAUGAGUGAAGUGUGCGGUGAUUCUAAGAUCGACGGCACUCAUCUGCAUGUCAUACUG